AUGUUGAUUUCAACAUGGCGUGUGACCGCGCUACUCUUGGCGUUUGUCAACCUCGCCUCUGGUCUGGAAAGAAACAGACUGGGAGCUAGCCCUUACUACCUGAACCACGAUGAUUGCCCGGAGCGGUGCAGCAUAUCUGGUCCUGAGCCAGGUAACUGGUCCGUUUACCAGGAUCUCACGCAGCUCAGGAAGUGUCAGGAAACCAUGUUCUUUGCCUUCUCCCUCUUUAAUCCUAUCGAUGAAGAUUCUACUCAUCGCAUUCAUGCCUGUACAUCAUUUGGCCCAGACUUCUCACUUCUUCCCAACGCCACCACCAUACAAGCCGCUGCUUCUUCUCCCAUCAGUAUCGAUUAUGAGAUUGGUUGGCACAAGGGCGGGUUUGAACUGGCUGCUUCUGGAAUUCGUUCCAUCACCAGGCAAGCUCGCCACUACCUGAGUCAUGGACACGGGACUGCAGAUAGGCCUGCUAUCAUGUUUGCUCAGUCGGGACAAGCCACUCUUGGUCUAUAUGUUGGCGAAAGCCUCGGAAGUCAAGUUAUUGGCUCUUCUGCGCUCCAAAUGUUGGAGAACAGCCUUGACAACUUGAAUGUUACAGGAUCCAAUCUGGCUAUGCAACUAUGCGUUCCAGAUUCUGGUAAUUCUCAUUCAUAUGGUCUCAUGGUGGCAAGCAACGGAACCUUUGCUUCCAUCCAGAACGCUGUUCAGUCGUGGGCUAACGGAACCUGUCUGUCCUUUCCGGAGUCUACAACCAUGACCGGCGAGGCGUUUAACUCUACCAGGCCAGCAAAGCCCGUAUCUACAAGCAGCGAGCAUGGCCGACGCCACCAACAUCUUCAUGUCCGUGCUGAGUGCAGAACCACCUGGGUCGAGUCUGGGGACAGUUGCGCUAAACUGGCACAGAGAUGCGGCAUCUCGGCCAGCGACUUCACCAUGUACAAUCCAGGAUCCAAGUUCUGUGCUGGGCUGGUGCCUAAGCAACACGUGUGCUGCUCAAAAGGAGAUCUUCCUGACCUCCGACCUACCAAGAACAAAGACGGUUCUUGCCACGCCUACAAGGUUGGCAAGGGUGACAACUGUGCAAGCAUAGCCGUCGAGAAUGGUCUUAAGGUUGAAGAUCUUGAGAAGUUCAACAAGAAAGCAUGGGGUUGGGCUAGAUGCAAGAGACUGUUCUACCAGACUGUCAUGUGUUUGAGUGAAGGAACUCCCCCGUUCCCUGACGAAAUCGCCAAUGUAAACUGUGGUCCGCAAAAGCCAGGAACCAAGAAGACUGGGGAUACCACCGAUAUAUCUGAUCUUAACCCUUGUCCUCUCAAUGCCUGUUGCAAUAUCUGGGGCCAAUGCGGAAUCACCAAGGAGUUUUGCACUGAUACCAGUACUGAUGCCCCCGGAACUGCCAAGGAGGGCACCAACGGUUGCAUCUCCAACUGUGGUACCAAAAUUGUCAACAGUGGCGGUGGUGGCACAAUCAAAAUUGGUUACUUCCAAGGUUACGGUAUGGGCCGGCCUUGCCUCUACCAAGAUGCCUCCCAGAUCGACACCUCGAAGUACACGCACUUGCACUUUGCGUUCGGCACUCUUACUAAGGAUUUUGAUGUUGAAGUGGGAGACAAGCUCUCUCAGUAUCAGUUCAAAAACUUUGCACGUUUGACUGGCGUCAAAAGGUUCCUUUCAUUUGGUGGCUGGGACUUUUCAGCCCUCCCUGCGACGUAUUCCAUCUUUCGAGAAGGUGUAAAACCCGCCAAUCGACUCAACAUGGCCAAGAAGAUCGCCGCGUUCAUUGUUGAGCACAAGCUUGACAGUGUCGACAUUGACUGGGAGUACCCUGGAGCACCUGAUAUUCCUGGCAUUCCCCCAGCUGACAAAGAUGAAGGGAAGAACUACCUCGCUUUCCUUGUCGUCUUGAAGAACCUGUUAAAGGGCAAGUCGGUAUCUAUCGCUGCUCCCUCUUCUUACUGGUACUUGAAGCAGUAUCCUAUCAAGGAUAUUGGUAAGGUCGUGGACUAUAUUGUCUACAUGACAUACGAUCUUCAUGGACAGUGGGAAACAGAGAAUUCUCAUUCGCAGGAAGGCUGUGCAUUUGGUAACUGCCUUCGCAGUCAGGUCAAUCUCACUGAGACUCAGUACUCGCUAGCCAUGAUUACCAAGGCUGGUGUCCCAAGCAACAAGGUCAUUGUUGGUGUCACAAGCUAUGGGCGAUCGUUCAAGAUGGCCUCGGCUGGUUGUUAUGGCCCAGACUGCUUCUACACUGGCAGCAAGAUACACUCAGACGCCAAGGAGGGCAAGUGUACUGGUCAAGCGGGCUAUAUUGCCGAUGCUGAGAUCGCAGAGAUUCUCAAGGACAAAAGCCGCGUUGUCAAACACUUUAUUGACUCAACAAGCCACAGCGACCUAUUGAUAGGGUUUCCAUCUUCAAUUACACUUUUUUAA